AUGCACGUCAUGGACAAGAGCAAGCUCAUGGAGGCCCUUCAGAGGCUCCCCAUCAGCUUCGGAAUGGCCAUGGGCGUCAGGGCCAAGUGUCAGAAGGUGGCCCAGAGGCUGCACAACAAGAACCACUGCUUCGUACUGGGCAAGGGGUACGGUGAGCCCGUGGCCAUGGAGGGGGCCCUCAAGCUGAAGGAGAUGUCGUACAUCCACGCCGAAGGGUACAGCGGCGGUGCCCUCAAGCACGGACCGUUCGCGCUCAUCGAUGGAGAGGAUGGACCGGAGGGGUCGACGCCGGUGAUCAUGCUUAUCCUGGACGAUGAGCACGCCCACCAGAUGAGGACGGCCGGCAUGGAGGUCAAGGCUCGCGGGGCGGACGUUAUCAUUAUCACCGACAAGCCAGCUCUCGCGGAAGGCUUGGACGAAGACCCGAUCGUGAUCCCCUCCAACGACCGCCUGACGGCCCUCAUCGGCGUGCUCCCCUUGCAGCUCAUUGCCUACGAGCUGGCCCUGCUCAAGGGCAUCAACCCCGACACACCGCGCAACCUCGCCAAGGAGCAAGAUGAAAUGUCGGGAGGUGGAUCACACAAACGUGAGAAGCGAGGGGGCGUGCGCGUUAAAGCGAGAGGAUGA